CUAAAAAAUAAUUAAAAAUGGCGCCAAAGCGAGCACCGCCGCCGCCGAUGCAGUCGUCACUCCACCGUAACGAGAAGGAGACAAUCGUUUCUCCUUCUUCUUCAGCUUACCCGAAACAACACAUGUUUCUUCUUCUCAAUCCUCGAGACGAAGAUGAUUUCACCGAAACCCAUCUCGAGCAAGUGCUCAAGUUGUAUAGUAAAGAGCUACCUGACAUGAACUACGCUUCAAACACUCGAAAGCAAUCUGCUUUCCUUGAGAGAUGCGUCUCUAAAGGCAAGUAUUGUUCAUUGGUUUUGAAGUCCGGAGUCUCAGAUAAGAUCUUUGCUGCAAUCACCUAUCAGAUAGUCCCUUCUGAUACUCAGUAUGCUGAGAUACCUCUUGCUGCUGUAACAUCUACACACCAGAAAAAGGGUUUUGGUAAACUCGUCUAUGAAGAAUUAAUGAAGAGGCUUCAUAAUGUUGGCAUUCGGACUAUAUACUGUUGGGCAGACAAAGAAUCUGAAGGCUUCUGGGUUAAACAGGGGUUUACAACAUUAGCAGAGGUAGACCAGAAGGGAAAAGCAAAGAGGUUACACAUCAAGUCUAACAUCCGAAAAGCCUUGUGUUUCCCCGGCGGUUCGACUCUCAUGCUUUCUCAUCUCAAAAAGGAACCUUCUGUUAAUCCUGUGCCUGGAGAUUCAGUUAAACUUGGAGAGAGCUUUGGUGAAAGCGUUUAUGUUGACUGUCUCUCUACUAUCAGAAGUCCAAUGGACUCGACCACAACAGGAAAGGAACAGCAGAAAGUGGUCUCUGAUCAAGCUACCACAGCUGACAGUGAUUCCACACCUAGCUUGAAGAGAUCUUGGGAGGAAGCUUCACUGUCUUCUCUACAAUCCAAAAGAAUCAGGGCAAACCGCAAUAAUGACACUAAGAUAGCUAAAGAGGAUCUUGCUACCAGCUCCAAGCAAUCGAAAGACAGUUCUUCCUUCCAAGCGGAUUCAACCAAGAACCCUCUGCCCACAGUUUGCAAAAGAAACAAUGGUGAUAGCUACAGAAUCUUGUUGAUGGACAUUGGAGAUGAAAACAAGCGAGCUUGGUUAACAGAGGUAAUAAGAAAACUAGGUGGAGAUGUGACCAUGGACGGCAACAUGAGCACACAUAUUGUCACCUCAAAAGUCAGGAAAACGCUUAACUUCUGCACUGCUCUUUGCUCUGGGGCUUGGAUCGUGUCUCCAAGUUGGUUAAAAGAAAGCUUCCGACAAGGCAGCUUUGCUAAUGAAGCCUCACACAUACUGCACGACGAAGACUACCAGUUGAAGUAUGAAACCGAUCUGAAAAGCACAGUUCUUAGAGCAAAAGCUAGACCAAACUCGAUGCUUAAAGGAUACGACGUGUGCGUUGGACCUCACGUUCGGUUGCCUAUUGAAACUUCAUCUGCUAUCAUAAAAUCUGCUGGUGGAAAUGUGAUUAAUGGAGUUGAUAAGGUAAAAGAGGCAUCUAAAACGAUAUACAUAGGGUGCGAAGAAGACACAGCAGAGGCUUUAAGGGCAGCAAAGAAGAGGGUUUGGACAUUCAGCAGUGAAUGGUUAAUGAACUGCGUCUUGAAGCAACAACUUGAGCUUCAAGUUACUCAGUUUGUUGAGUCCUUGUGA